AAUGGCGAACAAGCUCUUCCUCGUCUCGGCAACUCUCGCCUUCUUCUUCCUUCUCACCAAUGCCUCCGUCUACAGGACGGUUGUGGAAGUCGACGAAGAUGAUGCCACAAACCCAGCCGGUCCAUUUAGGAUUCCAAAAUGUAGGAAGGAGUUUCAGCAAGCACAACACCUAAGAGCUUGCCAGCAAUGGCUCCACAAGCAGGCAAUGCAGUCUGGUAGUGGUCCAAGCUGGACCCUCGACGGUGAAUUUGAUUUUGAAGACGACAUGGAGAACCCCCAGGGCCCACAACAGAGGCCCCCGCUACUCCAGCAGUGCUGCAACGAGCUCCAUCAGGAAGAGCCACUUUGCGUUUGCCCAACCUUGAAAGGAGCAUCCAAAGCCGUUAAACAACAGGUUCGACAACAGGGACAACAGCAGGGACAGCAGGGACAGCAGCUGCAGCAAGUAAUUAGCCGUAUCUACCAGACCGCUACGCACUUACCUAGAGUUUGCAACAUCCCGCAAGUUAGCAUUUGUCCCUUCCAGAAGACCACGCCUGGGCCCUACUACUAG